CGUGAGAUCAACCGAGAUGAGAUCCUUUGUUUUAAUCUGUGCCCUCGUGGCCAUUGCCGCCGCCGCCAAGACAGAAGACAAGGCCGCACGUGACAAGCGUAGCUUCUUCCACGGACUCGGCUACGACUCCAACUAUGGAUCCACCUUCGGCUACGGCAGCGGCUACCAGAACUUAGGAGGCCUCGGCUACUCCGGCUACUCCUCUCCCUCCGUCUACUCCUCUCCCUCGUCUUACAGCUACUCCACCCCGGCUGUCAGCUCUUACGGCUACACGUCUCCCGCCGUCAGCUAUGCUAACGCUGGAUACCGGUACGCCAGCCCCGCCUACAGCUACGCCGCCCCGGCCUUCUCCGCCGCCAGCUACGCCGCCCCCGUCUACUCCGCCGCCAGCUACGCCGCCCCCGCCUACUCCGCCGCCAGCUACGCUCCUGCCGUCAGCUCUUACGGCUACAGCACACCCAGCUACGCCGCCCCGGCCUUCUCCGCCGCCAGCUACGCCGCCCCCGUCUACUCCGCCGCCAGCUACGCCGCCCCCGCCUACUCCGCCGCCAGCUACGCUCCUGCCGUCAGCUCUUACGGCUACAGCACACCUCAAGUGCGUUACUCAUCUGCCCCAGCAGUCAGCUACUCCAGUUUCACAUCAGUUCCCUCUGUGAAGUACGCAGCCGCCCCCGCCGUGAGCUACUCUGCUGCCCCCGCCGUGAGCUACUCUGCUGCCCCCGCCGUGAGCUACUCUGCUGCCCCGGCUCUGAGCUACUCCGCCGUUGCACCCGCUGUGAAAUACAGUGCUGCCCCCGCCGUGAGCUACUCUGCUGCCCCGGCUCUGAGCUACUCUGCCGUCGCUCCCGCCGUGAAAUACAGCGCCGCUCCUGCCGUCAGCUACACCGCUCCAAUCUCCUACACCGCCCCGGCUGUGAGCUACACUCCCGCCGUACCUACCACAGUCGCCGUCAACAAGGUCGUCAACGUACCCAAGGUCGUGAGUGUCCCCGAGGUCGUGAAAGUGAACAAGGUCAUCAAUGAGCCCCAGGUCGUCACCGUCAACAAGGUAGUCAGCCAGCCCAGCUACAACCUGGGAUACUCCGGCUACACCGGCGGUCUCGCCGGCUACGGCGCUGGAUACGGCACUUACGGAUCAGGCCUCAGCACCUACGGAGCUGGCUACACCCCGUACAGCACCGGUUACAGCACUUACGGAGCUGGCUACACCCCGUACAGCACCGGCUACAGCACUUACGGAGCUGGCUACACUCCCUACAGCACCGGUUACAGCACCCACGGAUCCGGCUUCGGUCCCUACAGCACUGGCUUCGGCACCGGCUACGGAGCCACCUACGCCAGCGCCUGGAAAUGAAUAUUCUAGUCCCAUGAGUUCAUGAACUGAUUACUAUAGCCUAGUGAUGAUAUAGUUUACAAUAAAUAUAAUUGGA